GACCAUGUGAUCCAGCAGUUCCACUUCUGGGUAUAAAAGAAGUGAAAGCAGGGUCUUGAACAGGUGUUUGUACACUCAUGUUCAUACAGCAUUAUUCACAAUAGCCCAAAGGUGGAAGCAACUCAAGUUUCUAUCAGCAGUGAAUGAAUAAAGAAAAUGUGGUAUAUGCAUACAAUGGAAUAUUAUUCCGUCUUAAAAAUAGGAAAUUCUGACACAUGCUCCAACAUGGAUGAAACACGGAGAUACCAAGUGAAAUAAGCCAGACACAAAAUGGCAAAUAUUAUAUGAUCCCACUUACAUGAGGUACCUACACUGGUCAAAGUCAUAGUCAGAAAGUAUUUAGAAGGGUGGUUGCCAGGCGCUGGGAAUAAAGGGGAAAGGGAAGUUAGUAUUUAAUGGGUACAGAGUUUCACUUUGGGAAGAUGGAAAAUUUCUGGAGAUGGAUGGUGGUGAUAGUUACACAAUAAUGUGAAUGUACUUAAUGCAACUGACCUGUACUCUUAAAAAUGAUUUACAUGGUAAAUGUUAUGUUAUGUGCAUUUUACCACACACACAAAACCCCCCCUGAAUACCAGAGCUUACUUUCCUUCUAAGAAUACUGGGCAGAACACUAAGUAGUGCUUGACAGGGAUGCUGUAGUUUGGGAGGACGAAAGAAGCACAGAUUGCUGUGUUCUUCACACCUCCAUCAGCCCUGACACUACCCUGGCCCUCUUUGGGCAAAUGUAAGGGACCUGCAGAAUGUUAGACUUAAGUCUUAGGAAUAGGUUUCCUACCGGGACAAGGACAUAUUUGUCAGAAACCACUAGGGAAAUUUGCCAUCAGUGAUCAUCAUCUCUUUCAAAAUGCCAUUUACACACGCAGGAAAGCUGCUUCACUGUGAUGGAGGGGACGUGUACCCUCCUGUGCUCCUGUCAUGAGGCUGCUGCAGUUCAUGUGAAUUGUGUCAUCAUAAAUGAGUCCGUGUACUGCGCCCCGGGAUGUGUGCCUAGUGGCGGCAGGUGACAGGUCUUAGCAGUGGAGGCGGAUGUGGAAGCAGGAACCAGGGGAUAUAGACUUGCCACAGACUGAAGCCUAGUAGAAAAUGGAAACUUGGAAAGAAAAUUAGUAGCAAAUAGUUCUCCUGCAACAGGGCUUCUAAUUAUAAUGCCUGUUUGACAUUCUCCCAAUGAAGUACAGUUCAUCCCCCAUCACCAAAUCUCUGUAAUGUUGGGCAUUAUGGUACCCAUAAAUCACAAAACAAUUGUAUGAGUGACCUGCAGGCCUGUGAGAAACAUGCAGGAUUGAACCCACUAAGUCCAUUUGGGUCCUAUUUGGGGGUGUGUGUGGAUUUUGCUUCUUAUUCUAGGUUUCUAGAAAGCUGGCCUUGCAGAAUGAUCAGUGAAUUUUCAUGGGGCUAGUAGCCAUGUUUCCCUCAGGUCUCCUUUACUUUACUAUUUUACUUUACUCCUUUCAGGCCUUGCCCUUAGGCCUGACCAGGGAUUGUAAUUCCUGAAGAGCGGUGCAUAAGGAUCCAUAGUUUCAAAGAGCUCAGAAACCUCUGUCCUAAAUUAUCCCACUUCCUCCUUAAGACAUCAGAAUCACUUAGAUGUGUGACCGUGCUUGUGUGUGCAUUAUAUCCAUAUACGUACAUACAUACAUGCGUGUGUAUGCGCUUGGCUCGAGGAAAAGGUAUAACCAAAAAAGCGGUGAAAUAAAGUCAUCAAAGUUGAAGUACAAUACAUAGAAAUCAGUCGCUCAUUCCCACCCCCGACUUCCCAGACCUGCUUAGAAAUAAACUCUCCAUGCUUUUCACUUAGGUGAUGGACAACAGGGCGUAGCAGCAAAGGUUUUGGAGUCACUUGCCAUAGGGAGCUGCUAAAAUAUCAAAAAACUGGAAUUAAAGGUUUUUAUAGAAAAGAAAAUCCAGGUGAGCAAGGUCUAAGAGAGAGGAGAAAUAGGUGCUUAUUCAUCUUUGACAUCACACGUAGCUACCGGUACCCUAAGCGUGACUUGAAACGACAUGGAUAUAGACUCUGAUCAAAACAAAUUCGGCCCCAGGAGUUUGGAGACCAUGAUUUUUGGAUGGACACCCUGACACAGAUUCCCCGCAACAGUCACCCAGAGGAAGAGACAUGAGGUAGAGAAAACCAACCAAGACCGACCCUCGGGGGCUCUCCUGGUCAGCUCUCAUGGCCCCAAGAAUCAGAUGUGCCUGGUUACAGGCACUGACUUCGUAUUUAGCGAUGGCUCAGCUACCUGGGACCCGAGUAACCAGAACCCUGAAUUAACUAGCCUUCAUACUUCCUACCCACCCCCUCCCAUACCCCACCCUACCACUCACAUCCCACUUCCCUUUUUCAGUGAUAAAGAUUCAGAAAACAAGGUAGCUUUGGUUUAGUAAAGGUAGAGAAUAUACCCUGGAGGAUAUUUGUAGUUGGUGACACUGACCUGCUGAAUCACUGCGAAUGGUUAAAUCCUUUAUAAUUAGGAAAAGAAACUGCUUUCGAAACGUUUUCAACAAAAAGCAUUUUCUGUCUGUCAAUUCACCAAAAAACUGAAACAAACCAAAAACUCAUCUUGUCUUCAAAUAGUCUAAUCAACUGAGGUUUUAUUUUUCCUAUUUUUGUGUCUUAAUAAUAAUCUAAAAAUGUUGACUUAGAGUAGAAAAAUAUAAAAUUCAUUUUUAUUCUUGAGAAACCAUGCAAGUUUUGGCUUUUACCACCUUUCCAGUGCCAGAGUUUAAAUCUCAGAUAUUCUGUUUACAUUUAUUCUGUUUAUUAUGUUUGGAAGCGCUCUAAAAGUUGUGAUGUUAACGAUAAGAUUGGUAGUAAAAUAAUUUCAUGAACAUAUAUAUUUAGUUCUUAUUGUCAUUGGGAACCAUUGGCAUACUUUUGAAGCCAUUCUGUUUUUUUUUAAAGAAUGUACGUGAUUAUUUAUAACAUAUUGUUUCACAAUUGUGUUCUGCUGAAGCCAUCAUCAAAAUUAAUUUUCAUUCUCUGCAUAUACACUCAUGGUACAGAGAGGGGUGAUGUGACCAGCAUAGUAAUAGACAGGUCCAAAUUUCAAAAGGUAUUAUUCCCUGCAAAUCUCCAAAUAAACUCAGCCAUGCAUAUGACAGAGCUGGUCACCAAGUGAUGUCAGUUGUAGUACGAAUAGUUUGUCACCUUAUUCUAAUUAAUUUCCAAUCUGUUGCUUUUUCGAAAUUAUUUGUGUGCUCUUUUUUGGAUGUGCCUGUACUAAGGAAAUGACAACUCUCUCUCUGAGCCGUAAUUUAGCCCAAGGGAUAGCUACCCUCUUCCAAGGACACCCCCAUUAAACUGAUCACUGGAGGGCCCUGGCGGGUGAAGCUCUGGUACAGCUGGAGGGUGCCCAGGCCAUGGUCAUGGUGAGGAAGAAAAGUAUUGGCAAAGCUCUGUAGUGUAGCGGGAUUCUUAAGCGUCCUUGUCAUGCUUAACUAGAAGCUAUAAUCUAUUGUUUCUAGCAGAUUUUCCCUGUAUUUCAUGUCUGCUUUGUCACCAGCCCAGAUUACUCUACUAGAUCCAAUGUAUUAAGUGUCCUUGGUGACUAGAACGAUCAGAAUCAGAGAAUUGUUUCCUUUUAUCAAAACAGAAGUAGCUUUAUUUUCCUGAUUAUAAAAGUAAUACAUGUUUAUUGUACAAAAUUUAUAAAAUAACAGAAGAUGAUAAAGAAAAUAAGUUACCUUUCAUCCAGCUACCCAGAUACAACCUACCUGUUAACUCCUACUUUUGUGUAUUUUUCCAGACUUUUUUCAUUUUAUCAACUAAUUCCCAAUUUACAAGCAGUACUCUGGCCUGCUGACAUCCCACAAAUUGCUGGAGUUCAGGAAUGAUGCCUUUGCUAUCAUUUUCUAGGACAGUGAUCGCCUAGUCGUUUAUUUUUCUCCCUUCAAAUUACAGUCAUCAGCUCUUGCAAGGACAGAUACCUCUGUAGACUCACCAGUGUCUUUAUGGUGUGAAAAUCACUAUUAACUGGGGUUUUUUUCAUUUCUGUAUUCUGUCAAUAAAAAUGAUUUUUGAGUGGCCCUGCGAGAUCCUAGUGGGCCUCUGGAAUCAUAAAAGAAAGAUUUAAUGAGGACCAAGAUGGUUUUAGUGUUAGAUCAACUGAUUGUGCUCUAGGUAUUUAAAAAUUCACAGUUGAUACACUCUAAGACAAUUUGGCAGAAGUGGGGAAAGGUUGAUUACCCAAAUCCUCCCCAUCCCCCAACCAUACUCCAAACAACGUGGACUCCAGUAAAAUUCCAAUUUGACGUUCAGAUAUAGCCCUUCUUGUGCUAUGAACCAGAGAGUUUUCCUUCAACUCUUCAUGCUUUAUCCCCCUUCGAAGAAGCUUCUCUUCAGAUUCCCCUGGUAUGGUGUCCGGGCUGUGGCGUGGGUUGUGCUGCAUAUCUCUGUGCUUCCCUUUGGAGAGAGCGCGACUUUGGAUCGGGAUGAAUCCUGACUCUUAGCCAAAGUGAGGAAGGGCUUUGAACACUGAAAGGAAACCCAGAUUAAAAUUAAGGGGAUUGUUAAAGGAGUCAUCUGAGAAAGGUUGAAGGAGUGCCACCCACAAACCUUACGUCAGUAGAAUAGAAAGUGUUUAGUAAACAGCUGCUAGAAGAGAUUUUGUGUUUUGAGAAUGAUCCCUAUUAGGCACUGGGUGUGGCGAGGUCUUAGCAUCCUGUGUACGAGACUUAGGUUCUCUAAAAGCAGGUCCUUCUAAGUUCUUCCCUCUGCAUCCCUUCUCAUCCUUCGUGUCCUUGUAUAUAAUAGGGACACAGUGGUUACUGAUUUGAAUUAAAAUUUCUGUAGCUCUUGAGUGACAGAUGAACGAAUGUGCUCAGUCCAGGUAUCUGUCUUGCCUUGUUCAGACAGUAAUCGAAAGAUGCUCUGGUAAAUGCCUGCAAUUGUAUCGAAUGCCCCGAUCGGGUACUGGUGUGGGAAGUGGUCUGCAGCGCUUUGAUCCUCCCUUGGAGACGGAGAUGCUCAUGUGGAUAGUGAGAACUCGGUUCCUUGCCUUCAGUUUUGGUUUGACCUCCUUGCUUCCCUGAGUCAUGGCGUUCACUCGUGGCGACGGGCCUGUCACAGAAACCUAAGACCGUCCCUUGGACUGUUUGUGACACUGACUCUGAAUUUCCCGUGACACGAGCAGCCAGCAUUUGUUGCAAGACUUCAAAAACUCACUAAGAAGUUUAGUUGGUUUGCAGUUGACAUAGAGAUUAACUUUCUCUAACCUAAACCAGUGAAAACUAAAACACUCCUCACCACAUAAAAGUUUUGCUUUCGCUGUGUUCAGACCCCUCCCACCCUGUCACAGCACAGUCAUUUGGAGUCUAGCGUGGGGAGGUGUGGCUCUGCCUCAGUCGUGGAUGACCCACUUUUUCGUAACACUUAAUUACCCGUGUUUUUACAACACUAGUCAGAGGUUCUGACGCUAGUGGACUCUGAUGCAUCUCAUCAGCGCUACUCUUCAGGAGGAGGUGUGAGCUCUGCAGGGCGUGUAGCUACCGGGGAUGACAGCAUUUCCUCUGGUUUCUGGAUAAUGAGCGAGCACACAGGGUGUGAACGGCAUGUCUGUGGAUGAGAAGCCUGACUCCCCCAUGUAUGUGUAUGAGUCCACAGUCCACUGCACCAACAUCCUCCUGGGCCUCAAUGACCAGCGCAAAAAGGAUAUUCUCUGUGACGUGACUCUGAUCGUGGAGAGGAAGGAGUUCCGGGCCCACCGAGCUGUGCUGGCCGCAUGCAGUGAAUACUUCUGGCAGGCGCUGGUUGGACAGACGAGAAAUGACUUGGUGGUCAGCUUGCCUGAGGAGGUCACGGCCAGGGGGUUUGGGCCGCUGUUGCAGUUCGCCUACACUGCCAAGCUGUUACUCAGCAGAGAAAACAUCCGCGAGGUCAUCCGCUGUGCUGAGUUCCUGCGCAUGCACAACCUGGAGGACUCCUGCUUCAGCUUCCUGCAGACCCAGCUCCUGAACAGCGAGGAUGGCCUGUUUGUGUGCCGAAAGGACGGUGCGUGCCAGCGCCCGCACGAGGACCGUGAGAACAGCGCCGGAGAAGAAGAGGAGGAGGAGACGAUGGAUUCGGAGACGGCCAAGAUGGCUUGCCCCAGGGACCAGAUGCUUCCAGACCCCAUCAGCUUUGAGGCCACUGCCAUCCCAGUAGCAGAGAAGGAAGAAGUUUUGCUGCCGGAGUCGGACGUGCCCGCGGACACCAAGGAGAGCGCGGCAAAGGACGCAUUAACGCAGUACCCCAGAUACAAGAAAUACCAGCUUGCAUGUACCAAGAAUGUCUAUAACGCAUCAUCACACAGUACCUCAGGUUUUGCAAGCACAUUCGGUGAAGAGAACUCUGGCAACAGCCUCAAGCCGGGGCUUGCCAUGGGGCAGAUUAAAAGCGAGCCGCCCAGCGAAGAGAACGAAGAAGAGAGCAUCACGCUCUGCCUGUCUGGAGAUGAGCCUGACGUCAGAGACAGAGCCGGGGACGUGGAAAUGGACCGGAAACAGCCCCGCCCCGCCCCCGCCCCCCCUGCCGGGGCCGCCUGCCUGGAGAGGUCCAGGGGCGCGUCCUCCCCCUCCUGCUUAAGGUCUCUGUUCAGCCUAACAAAAAGUGUGGAGUUGUCCGGCCUGCCCGGUACCUCUCAGCAGCACUUUGCCAGGAGUUCCGCGUGCCCUUUUGACAAGGGGAUCACUCAGGGUGACCUUAAAAGUGACUACGCCCCUUUCCCAGGGAAUUACGGACAGCCCCACAUGGGCCAGAAGGACGCGUCCAGCUUCACAGUGGGGUCGCCCCUCAAGGGGCCUGGGUUGGAGGCGCUCUGUAAACAGGAAGGAGAGCUGGACCGGAGAAGUGUGAUCUUCUCCUCCAGCGCUUGUGACCAAGUGAGCACCGCGGCGCACUCGUACUCUGGGGUAAGCGGUUUGGAUAAAGACCUCUCCGAGCCGGUGCCAAAGGGCCUGUGGGUGGGGACUGGCCAGUCCCUCCCCAGCUCACAGGCCUACCCUCACGGUGGGCUGAUGGCUGAACACUUGCCAGGAAGGAUGCGGCCCAACACCAGCUGCCCGGUGCCAAUCAAAGUCUGCCCUCGCUCGCCCCCGUUGGAGGCCAGGACUCGGACUUCGAGUUCGUGUUCCUCCUACUCGUACGCCGAGGACGGGAGCGGGGGCUCACCCUGCAGCCUGCCUCUCUGCGAGUUCUCCUCCUCGCCCUGUUCCCAGGGAGCCAGAUUCCUGGCCACAGAACAUCAGGAACCAGGCCUGAUGGGAGAUGGAAUGUACAACCAAGUCCGACCCCAGAUUAAAUGUGAGCAGUCUUACGGCACCAACUCCAGCGACGAAUCCGGAUCGUUCUCCGAAGCAGACAGUGAGUCGUGUCCUGUGCAGGACAGGGGCCAGGAGGUCAAACUUCCCUUUCCUGUAGAUCAAAUCACAGAUCUCCCAAGGAAUGAUUUCCAGAUGAUGAUUAAGAUGCACAAGCUAACCUCAGAGCAGUUAGAGUUCAUUCACGACGUCCGCCGGCGCAGCAAGAACCGCAUCGCGGCCCAGCGCUGCCGCAAGAGGAAGCUGGACUGUAUUCAGAACUUAGAAUGUGAAAUCCGCAAACUGGUGUGUGAGAAAGAGAAGCUGUUGUCAGAGAGGAAUCAGCUGAAAGCAUGCAUGGGGGAACUGCUGGACAACUUCUCCUGCCUUUCCCAGGAAGUCUGCAGAGAUAUCCAGAGCCCCGAGCAGAUCCAGGCCCUGCAUCGGUACUGCCCUGUCCUCAGACCCAUGGGUCUCCCCACAGCCUCCGGUAUGAACCCCGUGCCCUUGGGCGUGGAGCAGAACCUUGCCGCCCCCCAGUGUGCGGUGGAGGAAAGCGUGCCCUGCUGCUUGGAGCAGGGCACAGCGGCCCCCGGGCCCCCAUGGGCGCCCAGCAGCGCCUCAGAGAACUGUACUUCUGCUCGGAGGCUGGAAGGCACUGACCCAGGAACCUUCUCAGACAGAGGACCUCCUCUGGAACCCAGGAGCCAAACGGUGACCGUGGACUUCUGCCAGGAAAUGACUGAUAAGUGUACAACCGAUGAACAGCCCAGGAAAGAUUACACCUAGUGACGGCCUGCCUCCUAAUUCUCAACCCUCUCCCACCCAGGUGUCCAUGGGUCAGCCUGCGGUGCCGUUUGUCUGUCGUCUGGAAGAACCAAGAAGGAAUUUGGUGCACACUACAGCAGUCUUAGCAGCAAUACUGUUUCCAAGUAUUCUCUCCUCCCUUCAAGCAGGAGCGAUAUAUAGUUACCUUCACGAUGGUGCUACCCCUUGCUCAGGCAAGGAAAGACGACAGUGAUGAUGCUGUCUGUCUGUGGGUUCAUUUCAGUCUUAACAGGGAUAGACUAUAACACCUCUAGGACCCAACCACGGAUUUUUUUUCUCAGUGGCCCAUGUCACAAACCCUAUCUCAGGAAUUUCUUCUGAAUGUUCAAUUUUUUUCAUUGAAGACAGCUUCUAUACACAUCAAAGUUUUAUAGCUAGACUGUACAUAUUAUAUAUAAUAUAUAUAUAAAAUAUAUAUCUCUCUCCAUAUGCAAAAGUCCUGCAUGCCUCAAUUUUCUCAUCCUAAAACUGGAAACUUCGUUUCUCGUUUAUAAACAGGUUCCAACAUUCCUCUUCUUUUGUCUCUGACGCUAGAACUAGUUUGUAAUUGUUAAGAUGGUCGUUUUUCUUGCUUCACAGUUCACUUUCAAGUUGUGCUUAUUUAUGGACAGAAUUCAAUGUUGGAAGCUUUCUUUGAGGUUUUAUUUCAGACCUUUUUUUGUUUGUUUGGUUUGGUUUGGGCACCAUCAGAUGGUGCCAGUUGAGUAUCGUGGGUUUGGUUUUUUCUUGCAGAUACUGUACAGUCAAGGUCAACUUUGCCACUUGCACUGAGUUUUGGGUCAAACCUAUUUUCUUAAAUGAAGUUAUCACUUCAGUAUAACUCAAGUAAACUGUAUAUUCUUUGCUUUUAGUUAAAAAAGUAAAACAGUUAGCUAAUUAAAAAAAGCACUCAGGUGAUAAUUAUGUAGGAAAAACAAUCUUGCCAAAUAAUGAAUUCAUCCUAGGAUGUAGACAAUAAUCUGCUUGAAUAUUUUUAUAUUUCACCUCCUCCCCACCUUUUCCUAAGCAAAGUUUAAACGCAGAGAGUUCAGAGUUGAUGCUGGAUGUUCAGAUUCCUAAGUGGGGAAAGAGUUUGGACGUCUCACUCAAAAGCGCAUCGAAACAGCAGGAAUCGUGAUUUUGUACCAGAACUCAGCAGGCAUUGGCUCCUAAAUAGCAAGUUAGAACUGUUUUCUCAGCCCGGGAGUAAGUCCCAUUCAUUUCAACACUUCCCCAGGCCUCUGCUUGCUCUCGGAAGCAUAGCAUAGUAGGAACUUCUCCGGCGAACGACUUGGCUGCUCAGCAAGCCAGCUUCCCAGCCCAGGACGUGCCUCCUGCCAGGGACUUACCUGAGGGGGUCUGAAUCACAGCCCUGGGGGUGCCGCACUGAGGUGGCCGUCCUGGGGUUAACGCAGCUGGCCCAGAGUAGGAGAGAGCAGGACAGAUGUUAGCCUGAGGUCUGUCCCUGACGCAGGCAAAAGCAUUUCUUUCUCCCUUCUUUCUCCAAAUGCUUUGAGUUGAAUUCUGAGAUUUUUCCACCCUUCUCUAGUCCGAAGGCAGAUUUCUUUCUGAGGCUUUGGACACGACGUGGCCAGGAGCCCUCCCUGCCCCCCACUCACCAGGCACACACCUUACCCCCACCUGAUGAUCAUUUCCUUCUCUUGCUGCAAAACUAGUUGGCUUGCAACCCACAGAGAGCAGCUUCCCUUGGCUCAAGGGGCACGUUGGCCCCUGGCCACGUUUACAGGAAGGUGUGCCGGACGCCACAGCCGGCGCAGGGGAGAGAUCAGCUCCCUCCCUCCUCCGGGCCGGCUGCAGGAAAAGUCCUGAACAGUCUGAUGUGGGGAUGGGGUGGUGGGCAGUGGGGACUAGGUGGUUGAUUUUGUUUCUUUAUUUGUGCCAUUGUUUGGAAGAUAUUAAAGCUGCAUGUAAAAGGGGAAAUUAGUAUAUGACGUAGGCGAAAAGUGAAAUCAUAGUAACAUAUGUUUUAGUAUUAACUUUUUUCUGUACAAAUAUUAGUGCUAAAUGUUUAAAUAUGUAUGAAUGCCAGAAAUUUGUUGGUUCAUGCGGUAGGAUUAAAAAAAAAAAGGCUUUUCUUUGAAAAUAGUUCCACUUUUAAAACCUGCCUCUGGGUUUUUGUUUCUUCUCACGUGUGUAUGUAUGGUGCGUGCUCAUCUGAGACAGACUGUGAUCCAGCUCUGAGUUGGAGGUACCGUUUUUCUUGUGGCUGUUGGGAUUUCUUGGCCUAGUAGAAGAGUUCUGUGCUUCACCGUGAGGUUUGCCUUUGGGAAAUACUGGUGACAGCUCGAAUUUAAACUCGUUGUGAAUCAUGUGGUCCGUCACAGGCGUGUGUUCUGGUAGAAGAGUCGGCCAACAGUAUUUUUUUGGUUUUUUAACUCUCUUGUUGCCUUUUUUAAGUGACCUCCUCUUCUUUGGAAAAAGGAAUGUUUUCUGCUCAUAUCGUAACAAGGUCUAAACCAGCCCGUUGGCGUGACUGACCCUGGUACCAACACAUGUGCAUCUGGUAGUCAUGGUCCCAUUCGUGCCGUCCCCGUUCUGUUGUCCUGUGCGGCAGGCCUCCCGCUGGGGGGGGGAGGGGUGUCCUCUAUUCCCCUCCCUGCUAACUCAGCUCACAGUCUCCUCCCACCAGCCCCUGCCUCGCGUUUCUUCCUCUGCCCCAGUCACACCCCUGCCACUCUGGCCGUGGGAACUGGUUAAAAACACUGCUGGAGAAACUGUCUUUCGAUUUCUUAGAGAUGUGAACAAGUUAUUGGGAUUUGGUUCACUAUCGACCAGGAACAAGCGACUGGCUUUGUGCAAUUGUUGACGUGACGCGUCUGUGUCUCUUACGGCUCCGAACCAUGUGCUUGUCAAGAUUAUUUCCGGGUUGAUUCAAAGGGAGGACUAGCUGGGGACCAGAGUCCAAGUUGCCUCAAGUGGAAUUUUAAAAACCAGCCUGUCUCCUUUCCCUGGGAUCCCUUAGUGCAACUCAUGUCUUUUCUGAAAGAGAAAAGCAAGUUAACAGCAAGGAAUAGCAUCUGCACGGCAUGGUGACAUUGAGUGGUAUCUUUAAGGGUCCAUCCUUACAGAUAUAAAGGACUCUUCCAGCUACAGAAUGUUCAGGAGGGUCCCUGCGACAGGCGAGUUGUGUCUCCAGGUGGCUGGGUCAGGCAUGGGCUGUUGGAACGGGGACAGUGGAGGUGGCCCUGUGGCUAGUUAACAUCCGCCUGAAACUAGUCCUCCCGUCGGAUCUGCCUUUGUUCUACUUGUGUCUCCGGACAACCUCACUUCGUUCAGGUUGGUCAGGCUUGGGCAGGUGCAUGCUUUGCCGUAUGUGUCUGUUUCUCUUCGUUAUCUGGGGGUGCCUUGAAUAAAAGAACUUCAUGACAUACUGAUUCUGGAACAAAACUGUUGCAAAAACGAACAAAGAAAGAGCUGGCAAAGUUACUAGCCCACCUGCUCCUUCUCUUCUGGGUUCCCUAACAAUGACUCAGGCGUCAGAGGUGAUGCUGCACUAGGAAAUGUUAUUUUGUAUAGUGUACAAGUAAUUUAUUAACUGUCUUUCUAAAGGUAUGCUGCUUUUAAGAUGCACUAUGAUUUUGGAUUUAAUCCUUGUGUUGCUUUCCCAAGGAAGUAAAAAAAAAAAAAAAAAAAAAAAAAAAAGGCUGGUUAGUAUGUCAACUGCCACUUCUCCUUGAAAAGGAAGGCAGGGACCAGCAACAGGACUUGUAUGAGGGGACUGCUAAAAGCCAGGUGGGCACACUGUGAAGUCCAGUGUACCAUCAAGAGGUCUAAACCUACACUUUCUCUUUUAAUGCUUUAUGAUUGCCAUUAAAGAAGAAGAAACAAACAAAGGUGUGAAAAUGUUACGCCUUUUAAGAAACCACUGAAUCCUGUCCCUUCAAGCUGAUCCACAUGCUAUGUUGAGCAUAAUCCUCCCCCAAUGUGUAAAAGCCUGCAGAGCUCUUUCAAAACCCUAUUAGCUACCUAGUUCUAUACAUUAUACCCCAUUUCAACUAGGAGCUGCUUAAUACGUGACUUCAAACGGUGCCACUAGUGCUUAGCAAUGGUUGGAGGAGUUGCCGAUCAAGAAGGCAGCCAGAAUCAAGUUUUGUCCUCAAAUCACUAUAAAUAGGCAAAGAAACAUACUUUUUUUUUUUUUUUUUUUUUUUAAGAAUAAAGCUGGGACUCCCCUGGCGGUCCAGUGGUUAAGACUCUGCACUGUCAAUGCAGGGGGCACGGGUUCAAUCUCUGGUCAGGGAACUAAGAUCCCACAUGCCACACAGCACGGCCAAAAGAUUAAAAAGAAAAAGAAUAAAGCUGCUCACUGGACCAUGAGUUGGUCUUUCGUCCCCAAAUUGAGGAUUUUGUAGGUUCAGUUCCUGGCGAGUCAGUCCUCAGAUCAACGCCUGUGUGGAGUUGGCAUUCGUGCGGGCAGUCUGUGUGCAUGGGGGCCUUGUGUUCAAGCUGUGUGUGCCAAAUACAGCCCGAGCCAUCUCCUGACCCAGGCAUCCAAGACGGAUGCUGUAGAAUAGAAUAUAUUUGUACACAAAACUGCACGCAAAUAGUCUUUGUACAUAGAAAAGACCUAUUGUGGCAGAUGGAGGAUAAAUUAUUCAACCGACGGUGCAAAAACAUUUCUUGCAAAGAAAAGUGUAUAGUAUUUUCCUACACUCCACCCUGGGAGAUAAUAUUUAUAUCACGUGGAUAUCAGUGCAUUUUCAUUGUAAUAGGAAAAGGAUGCUGCCGUUUUGUGAAGAAAACCCACUUGGUUGCAGAGGCCCACUUUCGUAGCUUUGAUUGCCUGUUGUGACGUGGUGUGUGCAUUGCACUCUCAAGCAAUGGACAAACAGCUCUGACUUUCCUUUCCAUUCCAGUGGACUGACCUCAGAUAACACAGUGGCCUCCUUAGACACAGAAGUGCACCCAGAGCCUUCAUUUCAGGUAGACUCCCCUGCGGUGCCAAACGUUCCCAUGGGGACAGGAAAGAGUGAAGGGACUUGGACAAAAAGGGUUUUUCCUACAGUUUGAUGCUAAGUCUUCUACCAAAACAUGUCUGGAGACAGAGGGGUGACCUCCACAUGAGUCCUAACAAUGCAUUUCGCGCGUGUAAAUGCUGGGAUGCCCGUUAAUGCGCCGAGGUAAAAGACCUGCCACUUCUAGUGCGAUCGGGAAGCUUCCACAGGCAUGCAGGAGCUUCGGGCGCUGGUUAGACACGGUGAGCCAUUCAAGGCAAGCACCACCUUUGCUUGUGAGGCCCGAAGGGCCCGUGAGAAUUUGUUCCAGAACCAGUCUGAUGCAAGUGCACCUCUAAUCUAUGCCUUACAAACUCCAGAGGCCAUAUUCAAAACAGGGUCUUCUCAGUGUAUGCAAGGGGCUGCAGCCCCUCUCCUCUUCCUCCCCAGGUCAAACAAUACGGACAGUUUUCACACAUAUCUACCUGUAUAACCCUCUGUACCUCUCAUAACUGGUCAACGACUGUAACAGGUUACAUCAGGUGUUUUUCUACAUACUUUUUACACAGAUUCUAUGCGAUUAAUGUAACUUAAUUCAAUGCAUCAUUUUAUUGUACUAGUUCUUAGGCUUGUCUUUAUUUUCUAAGUGAUUGUGGUUUUUCUUGUGGUUUUUAAUUGUAAAAAAUGAAAUGGCUGUUGAUGCUUAUUCUCUGUAACUAAGAAUUUUUACCUUUUUGGGGAAAAAAAAGCAUUGCUAUGAACUAGUGAAUUGAAACUUCAUUUACUCAUUGUAAAUAUACUAUUGUGCAAAAAAAAAAAAACUCAACUGAAUUGCUAGUGUUAACUGAAUUUUGUCUAGACACCAUUUCUGUUGAUGAAAUAAAGACAUAUCAUUACACAUUGUAAA